CUGAGUGUUUAGGAGGAGGAUCAUCAUGGUCAGAGCUAAAGUGAUAAAAUAUAAAGUUUGAUCUUUAAUGCUGAUAGCUUUACUUUACACAAAAAGAUGAAGGGAGUAAUAUUUUUAACUACUCUGUUUGUGGCCAGUUUUGCCAAAAAGACUUUUGAGAGAAACCAGGUUCUUCGGAUCACCGCAAAAGAUGAGGCGCAGAUCUCUCUCCUGAAGGAGCUUUCUGAGCAAGAACAUCUCGAGUUGGACUUCUGGAGGGAGCCCAUUCAUGAGUCCUUGCCUGUGGAUGUCCAUGUCCCAUUUCACAGUCUCCAGGACGUCAGGGCAUUCCUGGGAAACAAUCAGAUCCAGUAUGAUGUCAUGAUCAUGGAUGUCCAGGACUUGCUGGAUGAUGAGGAACGUGAGAUGGUGAAAAAUCGUUCCUCUCCAAAAAGUACUGAUGACUUUGUCUACACCGCCUACCAUAACCUAAAUGAGAUUGACUCUUUCAUAGACAUGCUUGUGGCAGAGAACAGAAAUCUGGUCAGCAAAAUUGUGAUUGGUAGGAGCUACGAGAAGCGCCCAUUGAACGUCCUGAAGUUCAGCACUGGAGCGAACCGUCCAGGUAUUUGGAUUGACACUGGCAUCCACUCCAGAGAAUGGGUCACCCAGGCCAGCGGAACCUGGUUCGCCAAAAAGAUCGUGAAAGACUACAAACGUGAUCCAGUCCUCAUCAACAUCCUUAACAACUAUGAUAUCUUCCUGGAGAUUGUCACCAACCCUGAUGGUUUUGAAUACACCCACAAAAAAAACCGCAUGUGGCGUAAAACCAGAAAGCCGCAUCAUUUCUUCUUCUGGUGUGUUGGUGUUGACCCCAACAGGAACUGGGACGCUGGCUUUGGAGGUGCUGGUUCCAGUGGCAAACCUUGCUCUGAGACGUACCAUGGACCCAGAGCUAAUUCUGAGAGCGAGGUCAAGGCCAUUGUGGACUUUGUGAAAUCUCACGGCAAACUCAAAGCAUUCGUGUCCAUCCACAGCUAUUCCCAGAUGCUCCUUUAUCCAUACGGAUACACACGCACUCCUGCCAAGGACAAUGAUGAACUGAAUAAGCUCGCCAAGAAGGCUGUCUCUGCCCUGCAGUCAUUGUAUAACACUCAGUACAGAUUUGGAAGCAUCAUUAAUACCAUCUAUCAAGCCAGUGGAGGCACUAUUGACUGGACCUACAAUCAGGGCAUCAAGUACUCCUACACCUUUGAGCUGAGAGACACUGGCACGUAUGGUUUCCUCCUGCCUGCCAAUCAAAUCGUCCCCACUGCUGAGGAGACCUGGCGGGCCCUGAUGACCAUCAUGGAGCACACCAGGAAAAAUCCAUAUUAAAAAUACAACAAUAUUUC